AUGGGCAACCUCUCUGGAGACUGCCUAAUGGCUGCUGCCUUCAUGUCCUACAUGGGGCCCUUCUUGUCCAACUACAGAGACGAACUGGUCCAGAAGAAAUGGAUUGAGGAGGUCCGUAAGCUGGGAAUUCCCUGUGCACCAAACUUCAAUUUCUGUGAGUUCAUGGCCAAGCCGACCCAGGUCAGGGACUGGAACAUCCAGGGGUUGCCUAGUGAUGCCUUCUCCACGGAGAAUGGAGUCAUCGUGACCUCAUCCAAUCUGUGGCCCCUGAUGGUGGACCCUCAAGGUCAGGCCAUCAAAUGGAUCAAGAACAUGGGGGCCUCACGAGGCCUCAAAGUGAUAGACUUGCAGCAGUCGGAUUACAUGAGGACUCUGUAGUCUGCCAUCCAGUUUGGUCUGCCAGUCGUCUUGCAGAACGUACAGGAAAAGCUAGACCCUUCCCUGGAUCCAGUGCUGAACAAGUCUCUGAUGAGAAUAGGUGGAGCUUACAUGAUAAAGCUGGGAGACAAAGAGAUUGAGUACAACCCAGAGUUCCGAUUCUGCAUCACCACUAAGCUGAGUAACCCCCCCGAGAUCUCCACCAAGUCCACCAUUGUCAACUUUGCUGUCAAAGAGCAAGGUCUGGAGGCCCAACUGUUGGGAAUCGUGGUCAGGAAGGAACGUCUGGAUCUGGAGGAACAGAAGGACAGCCUGGUCCGGAGCAUCGCGGCCGGGAAAAAGAAACUUGUCGAGUUAGAGGACGAGAUUCUCAGGCUGCUGAAUGAGACCAAGGGCUCACUGCUGGACGAUGAACAGCUGGUCAACACACUGCAGACGUCCAAGAUCACCUCACAGGAAGUGACGGAGCAGCUUCAGAUCUCCGAGACGACCGAGGUCAAGAUUGACGCUGCCAGAGAGUGCUACAGACCUUCUGCUCAGAGAGCCUCCAUCUUGUUCUUUGUCCUGAAUGACAUGGGCCGCAUAGAUCCAAUGUACCAGUUCUCUCUGGAUGCCUACAUAGAACUGUUCAUCAUGUCCAUUGAGAAGAGUCAGAGGAGUUCUAAACGGGAGGAGAGAAUUCAGAACCUGAAUGAGUACCACACAUAUGCUGUUUACAGGUACACCCGUCGCGGUCUGUUUGAGCGACACAAGCUGCUUUUCUCCUUCCAAAUGUGCGCCAAGAUCCUGGAGGCAGCCAGCAAAAUCAACAUGGACGAGUACAACUUCUUCCUGCGUGGAGGAGUGGUACUGGACCGUGAGAACCAGAUGGACAACCCGUGCUCGGGAUGGCUGGGAGACGUGGCCAGGGACAACAUCACAGAGCUGGAGAAGCUGACCAACUUCCACGGCAUCAUCACCUCCUUCGAGCAGUACCCCCGUGACUGGAACAUCUGGUACACGGCGGCCCAGCCAGAGACCGCCCCCCUACCAGGUGAAUGGGACAAUGCAUGUAAUGAGCUACAGAGGAUGUUACUGGUCCGUUCCCUGCGUCCUGACCGAGUCUCCUUCUGUGCCACCUCCUUCAUCAUCAACAACCUGGGUUCAAAGUUCACAGAGCCACCUGUCCUUGACAUGCAGCAGGUGGUGGAGGACUCCACAACUAGGACACCCCUCAUAUUUGUCCUGUCCCCAGGAGUGGACCCUACAAGUUCCCUGAUCCAGCUGUCUGAGUCCAGUGGGAUGGCCCAGAGGUUCUAUUCCCUCUCCCUGGGGCAAGGACAGGCUCCCAUAGCAACCAGGAUGAUCAAACAGGGCGUGAGAGAGGGUAACUGGGUGUUCCUGGCCAACUGUCAUCUGUCGCUGAGUUGGAUGCCCCAGCUGGACAAGUUGGUGGAGCAGCUACAGGUGAAGGACCCCCACCUAGAGUUCCGCCUGUGGCUCAGUAGCAGCCCCCACCCUGACUUCCCCAUCUCCAUCCUACAGACCGGCAUCAAAAUGACCACAGAACCACCAAAGGGACUGAAGGCCAACAUGAAGCGUCUGUACAACCUGAUCACGGAGCCUCAGUUCCAGCGCUGCACUAAACAGGACAAGUACAGGAAGCUGCUCUUCUCGCUCUGCUUCUUCCACUCUGUGCUGCUCGAGCGACGUAAGUUCUUGAUGCUUGGAUGGAACAUCGCCUACGAGUUCAACGAUUCAGACUUUGAGGUAUCGGAGAGCAUUCUGAGUAUUUACCUGGACGAGUAUGAGGAAACCCCAUGGGAGGCCCUGAAAUACCUGAUCGCUGGAAUCAGCUACGGUGGUCAUGUCACGGAUGACUGGGAUCGGCGACUGUUGAUGACUUACGUCUCCGAUUUGUUCCAAGACCAGGUCCUCAGUGUGCCUUUCUACAAAGUGUCCUCUGUGCCGACGUACUACGUGCCCAAGGAUGGCCCCCUGUCCUCCUACAAGGAGUAUGUCAGCAUGUUGCCCAAUGUGGACCCCCCAGAGGUGUUCGGUCAGCACCCCAACGCCGACAUCCAGUCCCAGAUCCAGGAGACCAGGAUGUUGUUCACCACGCUGCUGUCCCUACAGCCCCAGAUCUCUGCUGCCAGCGGGGGCGAGAGUCGCGAGGACAAGGUCCUAGAUCUAGCAGCCAACAUCUUCAAACAGAUCCCAGAGAACAUUGACUACGACAACACGGCUAAAAUCCUGUCUGUCGAUCCGUCACCAUUGAAUGUGGUGCUGCUUCAAGAGAUACAGCGGUUCAAUGCCCUGAUGGAGGAGAUUCGUCGCUCGCUGACCGACCUGGAGAAAGGUAUCCAGGGUCUGGUGGUGAUGACCGUGGAACUGGAGAACAUAUUCCAGUGUAUCUUUGAUGGCAAUGUCCCCCCGUCCUGGUUAAGGGCGUACCCCUCACUGAAGCCCCUGGCAGCCUGGACCAGAGACCUGGUACAGAGAGUGGAGCAGUUUGAGAAGUGGGCCCUGACCGCCCACCCCCAAACCAUCUUCUGGAUGUCUGGGUUCACAUUCCCCACGGGAUUCCUGACCGCUGUCCUUCAAACCUCUGCUCGUAUGAACAGUGUGUCCGUGGACUCGUUGUCGUGGGAAUUCAGUGUGAUGACGGUAGAUGACUCCAACAUUACCGGACCACCCAAGGACGGUGUGUACAUCAAAGGCCUGUUCCUGCAGGGAGCGGGUUGGGAGAAGAAGAACUAUAUCUUGGUGGAGGCUAACCCCAUGCAGCUGGUGUGUCUGAUGCCCACCAUCCACUUCAAGCCCGUUGAAAACAAGAAGAAAGUUGCUAAAGGAAUGUACAUGGCCCCCUGCUACUACUACCCCAACCGUGCAGGAGGCAUGGGCAGACCCUCCUUUGUGGUGGCCGUGGAGCUGAAGGCGGGAGAGAAAUCACCGGACCACUGGGUCAAGAGGGGAACCGCCCUGCUGAUGAGUCUGGACUACUAACUCUGACAAUAACAUCUCCCUGUUAUGAAAUGGAGAGAUCUUCCUUUCUGUGAAAUAUGUCUUCUAUUUUGUGUGGGAAAAAAAUCUGUGAAUAUUGAAUCCCUGAAGACUACAUACUUCUGUGAUCUUUAACUAUCUGUGUGUAAAAAUUCAUCUCUAAGUGAUUCUGUGUACAUACAUGUGUAACCCAUGAAUGAGAUUUCUGUGAUAUCAGAUACUAGAAAAAUCGAUAAAAGAAUAUAAUACUAUCUUGGUAGCUGAUCUGCAAGACUUGAAUCUUGUGCGACAUUUGAUAGAUGUCCACCACACACACAGCUGACGAAGCAGUGCUCUUAUUUUUGUGAUAUCAAUUAUACUGAUAAUUGUGCAGCUUGUUCUAUGAAUAUUUUUAGUGUUUUUUGUGUGCAUAAAACUCAUCUCUAUGUGUUGUUUCAUCUAUCAUGGUAUUAACAUUCCACUGUUUAUUUUUGAACAUUAAUUUAUUGAGUCUAUUAAACUUGUUGAAUUAUAAAGAAUCUCAUGCUG